AUGGAUCCGGAUAUUAAAACUGCAUUUGUGGAUGAGCUUAAGAAAUGCCCAUUACUCUUCUCGAAGAAGGAUGAUGAGCUCAUUUGGACUAAUUCAAAAUCAGGGGAAUAUUCAGUCAAAGAAGGAUAUAAUUUUUUGUCUUUAGAUGUUAAAAGGGAUGAUUUGCCAUUUAAGCUAUUUUGGCAUGCUGCAUGUUUGCCAAAAGCAGGGGCGUUUGCUUGGUUGGUUGUUCAGGAUAGAAUUCUUAUUGGCAUGAGAUUAGAUAGGUUGGGUAUUACUGUGGUUUUUCCUUGCGUCAGGUGUGGUGGGUCCCUUGAAUCCAUGGAUCAUCUCUUCCUGUAUUGUCCCUUUGCUAAUCAUUGUUGGUAUUGGCCUUUUAACAAGUUCAAUUGGAGGUCUGCUCUUAGUAAGGACCUUAGAUCUCACUUUAUAAGUUGGCCCCUGUUAUAUCCAUCUGCAUUUUAUGCUUGCCUUUGGAUAAUUGCUCCUUCUAUUCUAAUUUGGAGAAUUUGGCUUGAGUGGAACAAUAGGAUUUUUAAGAAACUUUCCUCCCCUCUGCAUGAUGUACUCUUUUGCAUAGAGAAGUUGAUUUCUGAGAUUGUCUUAGCUUUCAUCUAUAAAGGUUCUAGUCUGCAUAAUACUUACACUCCUUUGGACAAUUGGGUGACCAAAAAUUGGGCAACCUUGAAAACACUCCCUUUGAGUGGUGCAAUUUCUCAACCACAACCUUUAGUAAAUAGAAAGGAAGUGGUUUGGUUGCCACCUUCGGCUUCAAAGGUUAAAUUGAACUUUGAUGGAGCCUCUCGUGGUAAUCCUGCUAAAUCUGCCAUUAGGAUUGCGGUCUCUGAUGACAGGGCUGGUAUCAUAAAAGCUCAAUGUCAAUGUAUUGCCUAUGGGACUAACAAUGUGGUUGAACUUCAUGAUCUUUCCACUAGUCUUGAUUUGCUUCUUUCAUUACAUUUGUUGGAUGUUGUUAUUCAGGGCAAUUCUCAGCUUGAGUUGUUUAAUUCCUUCACUAUGGUGCACUGUUUUAGAGAAGCUAAUAAGGUGGUAGACUUCCUGGCUAAUAAAGCAUCAGAUGAGGAUAUACAAGACUUGGUUGAGGUGGCCUCCAGUUCUUUACCUCCUCAUCUGGUUUAA